UGAGAUAGACAAUUGGCGACCACGGCUGCAGCAUUCCUUUGCUCUUGCUCUAAUUUUUCUCAUACACAUGAGACACUUCGUUUCUAAAGUCACUCCGAUGUCUUCAUAACAAUCAUCCAGCCUAUCCUCUUUCCUACGCAAUGGCAACUACUAUACUAGCCAUGCCGCGGGCAUCCCUGCCGGUCAGGCGACUGCUACGUCCUCAUUCCGCAAGGCCCAUUGACCUCUCCAGAAUCUGCAGGAGAUGUCUCUCGGUGCAGGAACAACGCCGCGAACGAAACGUGCCUGAAACCACCCCGAGACCUACCACGCCUGAGGGUAUUGAUGCUCUGUUAUACGGGAAACAUGAAGCUGAAUCCCGCGGAUCCAAACUGCCGAGAUUCCUAGAACGAGACGAGCUGUUCAGUCAGAGGCACAUCGGCCCUUCCCCGUCAGAAGAGGCUGAUAUGGUGAAGGCUUUGGAUCCACCUGCCAAAGACCUGGAGGACUUCAUUUCGCAGACCUUACCCUCAGAUAUUCGCUCGAACAAAGCUUUACGUUUGCAGGAUUGCUUCGACAAGGACAAUGCAUUGGGGAAACAUGAACAUGGCAUUGAAAGAGAGUUGCAAAGUCUGGCAAACAAAAACGAGGCCUGGCGCAGUUUCAUCGGCGCAGGCUAUUAUGACACGAACACGCCUGGUGUCAUCCAGCGGAAUAUACUCGAGAACCCUGCUUGGUACACGAGUUACACUCCUUAUCAGGCGGAGAUCAGUCAAGGCCGUCUUGAGUCGUUGUUGAACUUCCAGACACUGGUGACUGACCUUACCGGUCUUUCUAUCGCAAAUGCCUCUGUCUUGGACGAGGGUACGGCAGCUGCGGAAGCAAUGACACUAUCCAUGAAUGCUCUGCCAACCUCGAGACUGAAGAAGCCGGGAAAAGUGUAUGUCGUAUCGAACCGCGUCCACCCACAAACCAUUGCUGUGCUGGACUCAAGAGCGACGGGUUUCGGCAUCAACAUCGUGGUCGGAGAUGUGCUAGAGAAUGAUUGCCAACUGGUCAAGGAUCAAGGGGAUAAUCUAAUAGGCGUACUAGCGCAGUACCCUGACACUACCGGCGGUGUUCGUGAUUUCCAAGGCCUUUCCGAUGCUGUCCACAAAGCUGGUGGAACGUUUGGUGUUGCGACGGAUCUGCUGGCUCUAACCCUCCUCAAAGCUCCUGGCGAGUUCGGGGCAGAUGUUGCUUUCGGAAACUCGCAGCGAUUUGGUGUUCCACUAGGCUUCGGGGGACCUCAUGCUGCUUUCUUCGCCUGCAGCGAAAAGCACAAACGGAAGAUUCCUGGUCGGCUAGUUGGUGUUUCUAAGGAUCGACUAGGCAAGAAGGCUCUGCGGCUGGCUCUCCAGACUCGUGAGCAGCACAUUAGGAGAGAAAAGGCCACCAGCAAUAUUUGUACUGCUCAAGCGCUUCUAGCCAAUAUGAGCGCCUUUUAUGCCAUCUACCACGGACCACAAGGUCUCAAGAACAUUGCCCUGCGAGUAUGGUCAAUUGCCAAAUUCGCGCAGAGAGUCCUCGAGCAGAAAGACUACAAAAUCGUGACGCAAGGUGUGCGUGAGGACGGUGCAGUACUCUUCGAUACCAUCACUGUUCAACCCAAGUCCAAAGGGGAUCACACGAAGAUCUUGGAGCGAGCAAAACACCGGUCAUUGUUUCUACGACAAGAUGUGCCUGGCAGCACUGUAGACCAGCCCCUGCUUUCGUUCUCAUUUGACGAAACGACGACAAGCAAGGGUUUGGCAGAUCUCCUCGAAUGCUUCGGUAUCGAGAGCAAGGACUAUCUUGAAGCUCUCUAUGGUUCAGAGAUUGUGCCUAAGGCGAACGACGAUACACUACCACCAUCUCUCGAGCGAAAAACACCCUUCCUCACGCACCCCGUUUUCAAUCAACAUCACUCCGAAACCGAGCUACUGAGAUACAUCUAUCAUUUGCAGUCCAAAGAUCUUUCGCUGGUCCAUUCAAUGAUUCCUCUGGGUUCAUGCACGAUGAAGCUCAAUGCCACAACGGAAAUGUUGCCUGUUUCCUACUACGGAUUCUCGAAACUUCAUCCCUUUGCACCCAUUGAGAAUGCGCAAGGCUAUGUUAGCCUCGUCAACAGGCUUUCCAAGGCUUUGACUUCCAUCACGGGCAUGCAAGACGUCAGCUUGCAGCCCAAUUCCGGAGCUCAAGGAGAAUUCGCUGGACUGAGGGUGAUCAAGAAGUAUCUCGACAACAAGGACAGUUCAAAGAAGAGAAACAUCUGCCUCAUUCCUGUGUCUGCCCACGGCACAAAUCCUGCCUCAGCGGCCAUGUCCGGAAUGAAAGUUGUACCUCUGAAAUGUGACACGAAGACUGGUAACCUUGACAUCGAGGACCUCAAAACGAAAUGCGAAAAACAUAAGGAUGAGUUGGCUGCCAUCAUGGUCACCUACCCAAGUACUUUUGGAGUAUUUGAACCUGGGGUCAAGGAAGUUUGCCAGAUUGUGCACGACCAUGGCGGUCAAGUGUAUAUGGAUGGUGCCAACCUCAAUGCUCAAAUAGGCCUGUGCAGUCCUGGUGAGAUUGGUGCUGAUGUCUGUCAUCUGAACCUGCACAAGACCUUCUGCAUUCCUCACGGCGGCGGUGGACCUGGUGUAGGCCCGAUCGCCGUCAAGGAACACCUCAAGCCUUUCCUACCUUCCCAUCCCCAUGUCGACCCUCAUGCAAGCGACAUUGAUCGAUCCACGACCGCCAUUUCUCCCGUCAGUUCAGCGCCCUGGGGCAGCGCCUCCAUCCUUCCGAUCAGCUAUGCCUAUAUUCAACUCAUGGGCAGUAAAGGUCUGAAGCACGGCACUGAAAUCGCUUUGUUGAAUGCCAACUACAUCAUGUCGCGUCUGAGACCACACUACCCGAUUCUUUACACCAACGACAAAAAGCGAUGUGCGCAUGAGUUCAUUCUUGAUGCACGGGGCUUCAAGGAAUCGUCAGGAAUCGAAGCGAUCGACAUUGCUAAACGACUCCAGGAUUAUGGAUUCCACGCCCCAACGAUGAGCUGGCCAGUGGCGAACACCUUGAUGAUUGAACCUACCGAGUCGGAAUCCAAAGAAGAAUUGGACCGAUUCUGUGAUGCACUCAUUGAGAUCCGAAAGGAAAUCAAGGCCAUUGAGGAUGGUGAAGUACCCAAGGAAGGAAAUGUCCUCAAGAUGUCACCACAUCCCCAGGCAGAUUUGAUGAGGGCUGAUUGGGAUCGUCCAUACACGCGUGAACAAGCGGCUUAUCCUCUGCCUUGGCUCCGGGAGAAGAAAUUCUGGCCUAGCGUGGCCCGUGUGGACGACGCUUACGGUGAUACCAAUCUGUUCUGUACCUGUACACCUGUCGAGGGAUAUGAAGAAGAGGGUUUGACUGGUCAUCAAGCGCCGAUGCCUACGUAGGCCGGCCUAAGGGGGCGCGAAAAAAUCUGUUUCCUGGAGGGUUUGCGGAGAGACAUAAUAUAUGCAUGAUCGGAGUUUCAACAUCUGGUCGUUCAAAGCAAAUUAGUGAGCGUUCAUGCACGACCAACUUUACUCAACCUUGAUCGUGGGUAUUGGUUUGCAACCGAUGUACGCAUGGGACCAAGUUUUGGUGGAGCUGUACUCGGGUGCUUGUUUUCGCAAGGCUAGCAUAUCCGCAGGAGUCCAACAAUGUGACUG